AUGGCGCCUGGGGUGUUGAUGGUGGCGGAGAAGCCCUCGAUCGCGGAGACGAUCGCAAAGAUUCUCUCGGGCGGCGAUUUCCACAAGCGCAAGGGAAUCUCUCCAGUUACCAGCGUCUGGGAGUUCCCCGGCAGCUUCCAAGGGGAAGGCGUCCUCUACAAGGUCACCUCAACAGCGGGCCACAUUUACCAGACAGACUUCCCGCGCCAGUAUAACGACUGGGAGAAAACCAAUCCGAUCGAGCUUUUUGACGCGCCGGUCGUGAAAGUCGAGGCGAACGCGAAGCAGAGAUUGCCCGCCCACCUGCAGAAGGAGGCUCACGGCUGCAAGCACCUCGUCCUCUGGCUCGAUUGCGAUCGAGAAGGCGAAAACAUCUGCUUCGAGAUUUGGCGAGCCAAGUUCUCCGCCCUUGCAGCGGCAGACAUUCAUAAGGCGAUGGGGACCUUAGGAACGCCAAACAAGAAUGAAGCAGACUCCGUUGACGCGCGCCAGGAGCUCGAUCUCAAAGUCGGCUGCGCCUUCACGCGAUUCCAGACGCAGUUCUUCCAAGGGAAGUAUGGCGACCUCGACGCCUCGCUCGUCUCGUACGGGCCCUGCCAGACGCCCACGCUGCAGUUCUGCGUUCAGCGCUACGACGAUAUCCACGCUUUCCAGCCUGCGACGUUCUACACGCUCGAUGUCUCGAUUCGCGUCGGCGAGCAGGAGCUGUACCUGGACUGGGAGAGGGGUCAGGUGUUUGACAACGUCGUGGCGCACACCUACAAAGACAUCAUUUCCGCCAAAGGCGGUGUGGCGGUUGUCCUCGAUAUUUCGGAGAAGGAAGACAGACUUAUUCGGCCGCAAGCGCUCAACACAGUCAACAUUCUCAAGCUCGCCUCGCAGCGCUUGGGCAUGGGGCCACAGCAGGCCAUGCAGACCGCCGAGCGGCUGUAUCUCUCUGGAAUCGUGACGUAUCCGCGUACCGAGACCUGCAAGUACCCUUCCAGCUUCGAUCUUCGCGGUACAGCGGCUGCGCAAGCCUCCAACCCGUACUGGGGUGGCUACGUCAAAGAACUGCUCUCGACGGGGCUUGCGAAGCCCCGGGAUGGCGUGGACGCGGGCGACCAUCCGCCGAUCACGCCUGUGCGCUCUGUCACAGAGAGCGAGAUCGGAGGCGAGGCCUGGGCGCUGUACGAGUUGAUUACGCGGCACUUCCUCGCCUCCAUCAGCCCCGACUGCCGCUUCGUGAAGCGGAAAGUGACCUUCAGUGUGAAUGACGAGAUCUUCUCGGCCUCCGGCAGACACAUGCUGGACGCAGGCUUCACCCGCGUCGCCCGCGACGAAGGCCUCAAGGACGUCUCCAUUCCCGACUUCCGCAAGGGCGACCAAGUGGCUCUCCACAAAGUCGCAGUUGGAUCAGGGCAAACGCAUCCGCCGCCGUUCCUUUCCGAGUCUGACCUUCUCGGCCUCAUGGAGAAAUAUGGAAUUGGAACCGACGCCUCGAUGGCUACGCACAUCAACAACAUAUGCGAGAGAAACUACGUUUCCCUGGUGGCAAACAGAAGACUCGAGCCGACGAAGCUCGGCGUCUGCCUGGUGCAUGGGUACAUGACGAUCGAUCCCGAGCUGGUGUUGCCGUCGGUCCGCGCCAGCAUCGAAGCUCUCGUUGAUGUGAUUGCGAAGGGGAAAGCUGACCUCAGCGCCGUGGUCGCGCACUCGCUCCACAUGUUCAAGCUCAAGUUCGCGUACUUCCUUCGCCAGGUCGAGCGCAUGGACCAGCUCUUCGAAGCGAGCUUCACGAUGCUGUCGCAAACGGGCAACGCGCUGUCGCGCUGUGGUCGCUGCAACCGCUACAUGAAUUUGAUCAACAAGCGCCCGACGCGCUUGCACUGCCGCACAUGCAACGAGACGUACAACAUGCCUCCCAACGGCGCGAUCAAACUGUAUAAAGAGCUGCGCUGCCCCCUGGAUAACUUCGAGCUCGUGCUGUUCACGCAGAAAGGCGGGAAAACCUUUCCUCUUUGUCCGCUCUGCUACAACGACCCGCCCCUCGAGGGCUGCACGACGAAGAUGGCUUGUGUGCAGUGCGUCCACCCGACGUGCAAGCACUCGAUCGAGGCGGUCGGCGUCCUUCAGUGUCCGCAGCCAGAAUGCUCGGGCAUUCUGUACUUGGACGUUGUGUCAGGCCCUAAGUGGAAGCUCGAUUGCAAUACCUGCCAAUAUCAGGUCAAGCUCAUGGAAGGGGCGCACAAAAUUUCGGUGACCAACGAGGAGUGCGAGACAUGCGGAUCGAUGCUGCUCCAGGUGGUGAUGAACAAGCAGAAGCCUUUCAAGGACGGAGAGAUCGAGAAAACGGGCUGCUUCGUUUGUGAUUCGGAGUUCAGCGACCUCGUUGAAAGCACGUUCGCGAAGACGUUCCGCUCGCGGCGAUCGGGGCGCGGGCGGGGCCGCGGCAGGGGUCGCGGCCGACGCGGGCGAGGCAGAGGACGGAAAGUCGAAGACCCGCGAAUGACAUUCGACGGCUUUUAG